CUUCCUUCCAACGAUUCACAUCAUCGCUACCUUAUCAUUGUCUCAAACCACCACGGUCUUUACCAUAACCCCAUACAAUCAUGGAAUCCGACUCACAUGUAGAAGUUGUUGAACGCUCCUGGCUUCUGUCGGGCCAAGAAAAUCCUGCAUUGCCAUCACAACAAGGAGGAGCCACAGGGCAACCAGAGUCGAUCGGAGUAACCCCAACUGGCAGAAUGAUAUGGUUGAACUUUGACGCUCAUCGACACUCAGCCGAGCACUACAUGAAAAGAUACUACGAGCACCACAGCAGGCUGGAUUUGAACCAGCCGAUUACAGAUCUGGAAGCGGCUCUCGACGCGGCUGUCCCUGGAUCUGAACACAGCGAGCACCUCUUUGGGCUCAAGGUCUGUCUCGAUAAGGUCAUUCACGAUGUGUACCUGAUGGAGGAACUCCUUACCUAUGUUCAGGAGGUAAGGAAAGAGACUGAUCGUCCGAAACAAUCUGGUAUCCCGGGUGUUGCCGCCGCAGGAAGCAUUGCCACUAUCACCGCCUCCGCGGCCCUUCUCCCGGCGAAGAUUGCCACCUGGGUUGCCUUGUCUUCCGUUGGACUCGCCGUAUCUACCGUGAUGGUAGGGUGGGCGAUAUGGCCAAGGGACAUCAACAGGCAUUACGAAACUCUUCAAGACCAGAUACAGGCCUUCAGACUUGCGGUGGAACGUUUCGACCAAGCAGAGAUCAACAAACAGCAGCAGCGUGUGCUGAGGGGUAACACAUAUGCGCAUCUAAGGUCAGACCUCAUGUUUCACUGGCCCAAUAAUGACAACGUAUACACAUGA